GGGAGCUCUUCCGGGUCAUGCAGUCGUGUUUACGAAUAAGCCCUGCUGCAUUACAUAAUCUCUCAUCGAUGGUGUAAUCCUUCGCUUCAGCCUCCUUUUACAGCUUUACUGCGGUACUUUAUAGAUGAUUAAUGGGUCCAAACAGGAUCUACAUCAGUGUGGGUUAUGCCACGUUCGGCAUGUUGGUGGGAUUUUCGGCGUUUAUCGUGUGGAAUGUGGUUUAUAAGCAGCCGUGGACGGCGGCGAUGGGCGGAUUGUCAGGAGUUCUGGCACUCUGGGCACUGGUCACCCACAUUAUGUACAUCCAGGACUACUGGCGCACAUGGCUGAAGGGACUCAAGUUCUUCAUGUUUGUUAGUUGCGUCUUCUCCCUCCUGGCUGUUGCUGCUUUUGCCACAUUCAUAGCUUUAUCUGUUCUAGAAAAGCAAUCACUAAUUGACCCCAAGAGCUUCUAUCUGUCAGCUGUGUGGAGCUUUGUGACUCUUAAAUGGGCCUUCCUGCUGGGCAUGUACUCCUACCGUUACUAUCAGGAGUUUGCUGACAUCAGCAUCCUCAGUGACUUUUGAUUGGCUCCUUCAUCUGUAAUAGAUUUGUAGUUGCCAGUCGGUGGCUUCACCUGCCAAUGUGGAGAUGGAAGGUUGGAUGGAUGGAUGGAUCUCCUUUUUAAUACCGUCUUACGGCCUCUUUGCUUUCACAGAAAAGACUCAAAUGUCAUCCCCUCCUUCCCUUAGAUCCAUGCCCUGGAGUAAGAAGUCAGUGAAUGUCUGCGAUCUGCCUCUUUUCUGUCAUUUUGAGUUAAUGGAGGAUUUAUUAUUGACAUUGGAUAAAGGUAUGUGAAGUGUUUUUGAAGGCAGUUGAUACACUAGGAUUUGCUCACAGGUAGUUGUUACUUUGCUCAGGGCAAUGUCGCUCCAAAAUGUCAUAUGUGAAAUGAAGGCUUUCCUUCACUGUCAGAAAAAAAGCACAAAAAUUGUAUAUUUAGGGGUGCAACAGCUUGUCACUGGGACCUUGUCUACCUCUUUAUAAGAGUGCAUAUUAGUACCUGAGAGUGAUGAUAUGCAUUCCUAGGGUACCACUAUAAACCCUUUUGGGUGAAUAUGGUCCAAAAGUCUCACUUUGAAGGGACUGCUGUAGUGACAAGGUACAAUUUUUGCAAAUGUUUUUUUUCUCAGAGUAUAGAAUGAGUGUAUGAUGAAGGAUUUUCACCGCUGUAUCAAGGGCUUUCAGCCAGUAAUGGUGGAAUUGACUUUGAUUUUAUGUUACUAUUGUUUUCAGACAUAGACAGUGUUCUUUAUUGUUUGCCAUAUGUUAUUUCUUUUUAAAUGUUGUUUAUACUGAGUUCUAUUUAUUACUGACUGUGUUCGGAACUGCAUACUAACAUACUUGUACUUCUGCAGUAUGUACAUUAGCAUUUAAAAGUAAAGGAUUUUUUUUUUUUUUUUUUGAUGUUUAUGAAAGAAGUAUCUUAUGCUCACAAAGGCUGCAUUUAUUUGGUCAAAAAUAGAGUAAAACAGUAAUAUUGUGAAAUAUUAUUACAAUUUGAAAUAACUAUUUUCUGUGUAGUGUAUACUGAAACAUCUGAACAGUUCUCCCAAGAUUUAUGCACAGGGCACUAUAUCUCACAAUGAAGUGCAUAUGACUUCAGCGUGAUGAGUAGUGAGAAAUGUUAGCCUUUUUAACAUGUUGGUUCAUUAUUUGAUCAGACUACUAAAAGUCAAGACAUCCAAAAUAAUUAUAGACAUUAUUACUCACUGAAAUGUGACAAUGUAGCAUUCUAAGUUUACUGGUGCACAAUGCAUUCUGUUUUGCACAGUUUGGCAGUAGUAUUCAAUUCCGAACUUUACCAAUGAUGCAUUUUUAUUAUGCAGUUCCUCUGUUUGCCACUAGUGGGGGCGAUGGAGCAAUUGAAUGAAUGACUAACUGGUGCUCAGUCCUCUGCAGAUAAGUUUUUAGUGAAAUAUUAUUACUUAAUUGUAUUAAGUUAAAACCAUGAGCUGGAUUCACCACAUUUUUGAAAACGUAAUAUGUUAUGCCAUAUGAAAUGUUACUUUUGGAUUUUUUUUUGCCAGACAAAACAAAUAUCUGUUUAUGUUGUAAAAUUCAUAUGCUUUGUUCAUUUAUAAGAUGAGUGCUCUGUCUCUAUGUGUGUUGAGCAGAUGUUAAGUAUGGCUGCUUGGGUCUGAUUUGUGAUAAUUUGCAGAUGUUAAAGGAAUAGUUCUCUCAAAAUUCUGUCAUUUAUUCACUGUCAUGUCAUUUAAAGUUUCAAUUUUAAACCCGUUUGUUAUACAGUACAAAAAAGAAGUAGACCAUACAACUCAUAAUAGCUUUGUAUGAGAAACAACUAAAAUUUUAUUCAUUAUUAAAUGAACUUCUCUUGUGUGUCCCACGAGACAGAGAAAAAAUAUAUAUGUAAUGAGGGUGUGUAAAUCAUUUUUAAAAAAAUUUGGAAACCAUUUCAUUUUUAGGAGCCAAAAAGUAACAAAAACAGAUUACUUUGCACUAGAUUGCAUAUAAAUGUUAAAUGUAUUAUUUGUUUAAAUGAGAAUAAGGGGUCACCUUCAAAAUGAUGAACCUUUAUCUACAAUAUUUCACUCUAUAGCAUGUAUGUAAAGCAGUUUUGUACCAUAUUGCUUAAAACUUUGCACAGUAUGUGUUACAUUGGGACACUUAAAGGGGAUUAAACUACUGCUGUUUUAAUCUA